AUGGCUGGUCCCCAAAACGGCCCUCCAAAGGCCACAGUCCCUGCCCCGACCUCGCGCCGACGUCCACCACCCCUCGGCGACGAAGAAGCCACCACGCGUCUACGCCUGGGCGACAUGGCCGGCGAACAAGCCCUCUCCCCAGCCGAGGUCACCCUCAUGCUCGACCAGCUCGAGAAAGCCAACCGCCGCCCCAACCACACCGAAAUCUACUUCAAAACCCGCGACUACUGCCGCCAUUUCGCCCGUUUCAAGGACGACAACAGCAUCCGACAAGUCAACCACAUCAGCACCGAGCUGACGGAGCGGGACUUGGGUAUCACACAAUUCGAGAGGGCACAACUCGGUGAGAUAGGGAGGGAAUGCAUGGGUGGAGAUGGAACAAUGGAUACUGAUGAUAUUCGUUAUAGCCACUCUAUGCUGUGACACGGCAGAAGAAGCCAAGACUCUUAUCCCUUCGCUUGAGGGCAAGAUCACCGACGAGGAACUGGAAGCCGUUUUGGCAGAUAUCUCCAAGCUUCGAGACUUUUCUUAG